AUGGCUUCUCUCUCCGACGAUACUCUACGCAAGAUCCUUCAGCAGAUCCAGCAGACCGCUGUUAAUUCUCAACGCGCUCUCAAUAUCACACGACAGCAGACCCUGAAUAAGGAACGUGAACGAAGGGUCCUACAGCUCACGAUUGAGGAGAUCACUUCAAUAGAGGGCGACGUUAACUUGUAUAGAGGGGUCGGAAAGAUGUUCAUGAUGGUCCCUCGAGCAACGAUGGAGAAGGAUCUUAAGGAUCAGGAGAAAGGGUUCACAGACGACAUCACCAGCUUGAACAAGAAGACCAAAUAUCUGGAGAAACAAUUCAAUGAAGCACAAUCCCAGUUACGAGACAUUUUCCAUAACGCCCCUAAGCAAUAG